CGUGGUACGCACUCAAGGGCAUCCGGACCGGCGCGCGAGAGACAGAAGCAAUUCGACAACUGACCUCACAGGCUUCCUCGUGUUCGGGACUGUCACUGUAGUUGCUCUGCACAGAAGUGAAGAGUCCUGAGAAGCAGUGAUGGAACAAGCAAGGUCAACAAUAUCCAAAAUUUUUAAUGGUGAGCCGCACACCUAUACCCGCUUCAACCUGACCCAGAACAUGGAGGGCGACACCAGCCAGGUGGAGAUGAAGCUGUCGACGGACGCGGACGAGGAGGCUGUGGAGAACGGCAUGGGAGACCAUCGUCAUCAUCACGGCACCAACGGCAAACCCUACAUGGUUCAAAAGAUGCAGCGCACGCCCAGGAACUUGUGCUACAUGGUGUGUGGCGUCCUCCUCAUCUUCAUCAUCGGGUUCUUGAUCGGCUACUUGACUAAUAAGAAGAAGGAACAGGCUCCUGUCUGCGCAUCCUCCAUCAGCAUCGAGAAUAACGACAUUCCCCACGAGACAGGCGCCGCGCCCCUCAUGGACUGGGAUGAUGUCACAAAACUCCUGACUGAAAAAUUCUCUGCUGCCAAACUAGAAAAAGUUUUGAGUGAGUUUGCCCAAGGCAGCCACCGGGCCGGCUCUCCUGAUGAUGAAUCCCUGGCAAACCGAGUUCUCCAGAGGUUCAAGGACAGCAGCAUGAAAACCUGGACAGAUGAGCACUUCAUCAAGGUCCAAGACCUGCCGGCGGCCGGCUACAACAAGAUCGUCUUCAAGAACGGGACAGAGGACCGUUCCAGGGGAUUCCUGUCCUACAGCGUCGUCGGAUCAGUACAGGGCGCGGUGCUGUACGCUCAUUAUGGUGAGGAUGACGACUUCCGGGUGCUGCAGGACAAAAACAUCAACAUGAACGGCAGAGUUAUGCUGAUCAGAGAUGGAAAGAUCAGUUUCGCCGAGAAGGUGGCCAACGCCGCCAGAAUGAAUGCCUCUGCUGUUCUGAUCUACCGAGACCCGAAUGAUUACAACAUCAAAGAGGAGACCGAGCUCUACGGGCAUGUCCACAUGGGCUCAGGUGAUCCUUACACCCCCGGCUUCCCAUCCUUCAACCACACCCAGUUCCCUCCUGCGGAGUCUUCAGGCCUGCCCAAGAUCCUGGCACAGACCAUCACGUUGAGGGUGGCAAAGAAAAUCCUUAGCCAGCUAGGUGGUCCAAAGAGGCCCGAAAGGUGGAGAGGUUACAACACAUUAGGAGGCGAGACUGACAUCAUCACUGUGGAGGUCAACAACGUUCUCACAGAGAAGAAGAUCCAUAACGUGUUUGGGGUCAUCAAAGGUUUUGUCGACCCAGACCGCUAUGUGGUUAUCGGCGCCCAGAGGGACGCGUGGGGUCCGGGCUACGCAGCGUCAACCGUCGGCACCAGCGUCCUGGUGGAGCUGGCCCGUGCCAUCUCUGACAUGGUGAAGAACGGCGGAUUCAAGCCAAGGAGGAGCAUUGUGUUUGCUAGCUGGAGUGCUGGAGAAUAUGGAAACAUUGGCGCCACCGAGUGGUUGGAGGGGUAUCUGUCGUCUCUGAGCAUGAAAGCCUUCUCUUACAUCAACCUGGAUGGCAUUGUAACAGGUCUGAAUGGAUUUAAAGUAGCAGCCAGUCCUCUAAUGCACACCCUAAUUGAAAACACCCUAAAAGAGGUAAAAAUCCGAGAUGCCUCUCUUUACAAGCAAUUUGCAAAGGACAACUUUGAAUCAAAUAUUCUGGAGCCGAUGCGGAUGGACAGCGCUGCGUAUCCUUUCCUCGCCUUCUCCGGAAUCCCCUCCAUGUCAUUCAGAUUCUCCCCGGACAACUCGAACUACAAUCACUUUGGCACAAUGGAGGACACCGUGGCGAACCUGAAUGCUGCCACGUCCAGCCAGGUCCCCCAGCUGGCGGCGACGGCAGGCCGCUUCGCCGGCCACAUAGCUCUGAGGCUGGUCCACGACCACCUGCUGCAGAUGGACGUGAUGAAAUAUUACAAGGUUGUCCGUUCCUACGUGUACAAGAUCAAUGGAAGAGUCAAAGAUGUUCUGCAGAUGCAACCGCAGCUGUUGCCCAAAUCCCUGACGGUGCAGUGGUUGAUCUCCGCCAUUGGUUCGUACAGCCGGGCCGCCCAGAGCCUGCAGAAUGACAUCCAGAACAGCGACCUGGAGGACAUCGAGAUGUGCCGCCUCAUCAACGACCGCAUCAUGGCGGUGGAAAGAAACUUCCUGUCCCACUACGUCUCCCCCAGGCAGAGCCCGUUCCGCCACAUCCUGGUCGGCUCGGGCCCCCACACUCUCAAAGCUCUCACCAAACACCUGGAGGCCCUGAAGACGAACAACCCCGAGGCAAACGCCGAGCUGUUCCUCAACGAGUUUGCCCUGGCAACCUGGACCAUCCAAGGCUGCGCCAACUCCUUAGCAGGGGACAUCUGGUCUCUGGAUAAUGAAAUCUAAACUGAUCAACAGUUGCACAACCUUUUAAAAAAAUCAAUAAGUUUUAACAAUUGGAGAAAAUAACAUUGUCCCCCCUUUUAUAUUCAAUACUUUUUAUCCACAUGUAACAUUUGAAAAACCAAAUGUUUGAUGCUUUGGUGCUGCUAAUGACUACUAGAACAUCCCAGUUUUACAUGGCAGGAGUAGCCAAUUGUAUUUUCCUACGAAUGAGCUGAAUGUAGAGCAUUUCCCAACAUCCCAAUAGGUCAUAAUCUCUCCCAUGACUCAGAGAAUCAUAUCACCACAGGUCAGUAUGAUAAACUAAUAACCUUUUAUCUGUUUACUAAAAAUAAUUACAAUGCUGCUGAAGCCAAAUGUUCAAGCCUGAGCUGGUUUACGUUGGUAGCUACAAUUUGAUAAAAACCCAGCUCCUCAGUUUCAGAAGGUGCUGAAAUCAUCAAUUACAAAAAAAUGGAAAUAAAAAAAAAUCGGAACAACGCAGUUUCCAUGGUGCACAGAGCGCAGCCGUUAUCUGCCUCAAAGCUCAUGUGACUAAAAAAAAAAAAAAA